AUGGAAACAUUUACCGGAAGAUGGUACGUCCUAAACGCGUAUUUUACAGCUUUAAAUGAGGCUAACGAUGAUGUAGUGCUGUAUGACGACGCUGCAGGUGCUGAUGGAGCGUCGGAACCGCCACCAUCCACAAUCCAAACCAACAGGCGUGGCUACUGCAAGGCUAUUCCGUACAAGAGUGCGAAGCGACCCAAGAAUAUGGCAAGAGGCUCCUACCGUAUUGCGCAGUCCAAGGAUGAACCUAGCAUGAUUGCGGUGUCGUGGAUGGACAACCGUCCCGUACACUUCAUCGCCACUGGAUGUAGCACCGAAACAGCAACUCUGUCGAGGCGUGAGGGCUCCGCAGUUGUUGAUGUCCCAGCACCUCGUCUUGUGAAGGAGUAUCAGGACGGCAUGGGAGGAGCAGACGUACACGAUCAGUUGCGGUUACAGAGAUACUCAAUUCAGGGCGCCAUGAAAAUGCGGAAAUAUUACCACACCAUCUUUCUUGGACUUGUUGACAUGGCUCUGAUCAACGCUUUUAUCAUCUUUCGUCGCGUGCAAGGUGAUCGUACAACUGGUCCAGCUCAACCAACCCAUGCGCAUUUUAUGCGAGUAAUGCAGAUGUCGCUGCUGGCUGUCGGUGCAUCCGACUUUGAAGGUGACUUAUCGGUUCGCGCGCUCACUGACACGCCUGUACCCCCGUCCCCGACACCGAGAUACAGACUAUCGACAAGUCAUUCAACGAAGCAAGUCGAAGUGUACCGUACGACGCGGGGAAAGAACGGCAAGGAGUCGAGAAAGCGUCGACAGUACGCCUGCAAGGUCUGCUCAUUACUGCGACCGGCCAAGAAUCCGUGGGAAACUACCUUCUAUUGCUUCGAGUGUACCGAGGCAAGAUUGGCGGGGACACCCGAUGACAGUUCAAGUGCUAAGGGCAAGAUCUAUCUCUCUCAAUAG